CGGGACGCCACUUCCCCGCCCAUCCCCUCCCCGAGGCCCGCCGCCUGGCCAUGGCGCAGUCGGGCCCGGCUUCUCAGCCUGACGUUUCUCUUCAGCAACGGGUAGCAGAAUUGGAAAAAAUUAAUGCUGAAUUUUUACGUGCACAGCAGCAGCUUGAGCAAGAAUUUAAUCAAAAGAGAGCAAAAUUUAAAGAGUUAUAUUUGGCUAAAGAGGAGGAUCUGAAGAGACAAAAUGCAGUGUUACAAGCUGCACAAGAUGAUUUGGGACACCUUCGAACACAGCUGUGGGAAGCCCAAGCAGAGAUGGAGAAUAUUAAGGCCAUUGCCACAGUUUCUGAGAAUACCAAACAAGAAGCUAUAGAUGAAGUAAAAAGACAGUGGAGAGAAGAAGUUGCUUCACUUCAGGCUGUUAUGAAAGAAACAGUUCGUGACUAUGAGCAUCAGUUCCACCUUCGGCUGGAGCAAGAGCGAGCACAGUGGACACAGUAUCGAGAAUCUGCAGAGAGGGAAAUAGCUGAUUUAAGGAGAAGGCUGUCUGAAGGUCAAGAGGAGGAAAAUUUAGAAAAUGAAAUGAAAAAGGCCCAAGAGGAUGCUGAAAAACUUCGGUCUGUUGUGAUGCCCAUGGAAAAGGAAAUUGCAGCUUUGAAAGAUAAAUUGACAGAAGCUGAAGACAAGGUGAAAGAGCUGGAAGCCUCAAAGGUUAAAGAACUGAAUCAUUAUCUGGAGGCUGAGAAAUCUUGUAGGACUGACCUAGAGAUGUAUGUAGCUGUUUUGAAUACUCAGAAAUCUGUUUUACAGGAAGAUGCUGAGAAACUGCGGAAAGAAUUGCAUGAAGUGUGCCAUCUCUUGGAGCAAGAGCGACAACAACACAACCAGUUAAAACAUACGUGGCAGAAGGCCAAUGACCAGUUUCUGGAAUCUCAGCGUUUGCUAAUGAGAGACAUGCAGCGAAUGGAGAUUGUGCUAACUUCAGAGCAGCUCCGACAAGUUGAAGAACUGAAAAAGAAAGAUCAGGAGGAAGAUGAGCAACAAAGACUUAAUAAGAGAAAGGACCACAAAAAAACAGAUGUUGAGGAAGAAGUGAAAAUACCAGUAGUGUGUGCUUUAACUCAUGAAGAAUCUUCAGCCCAGUUAUCAAAUGAAGAGGAGCAUUUAGAUAGUACGCAUGGUUCAGUCCAUUCCUUAGAUGCAGAUUUACUAUUGCCAUCUGGAGAUCCAUUCAGUAAAUCGGACAAUGACAUGUUUAAAGAUGGACUCAGGAGAGCACAGUCUACAGACAGCUUGGGAACCUCAGGCUCACUGCAAUCCAAAGCUUUAGGCUAUAACUACAAAGCAAAAUCUGCUGGAAACCUAGAUGAGUCAGAUUUUGGACCACUGGUAGGAGCAGAUUCAGUGUCUGAGAAUUUUGACACUGCCUCCCUUGGAUCACUGCAAAUGCCAAGUGGGUUUAUGUUAACCAAAGAUCAGGAAAGAGCAAUCAAGGCAAUGACGCCAGAACAAGAAGAGACAGCAUCUCUCCUCUCCAGUGUCACCCAGGGUAUGGAAAAUGCUUAUGUGUCUCCCAGUGGCUAUCGCUUAGUCAGUGAGACAGAAUGGAAUCUCCUGCAGAAAGAGGUACAUAAUGCUGGAAAUAAACUUGGUAGACGUUGUGAUAUGUGUUCCAAUUAUGAAAAACAGUUACAAGGAAUUCAGAUUCAAGAGGCGGAAACAAGAGAACAGGUGAAAAAACUACAGGUGAUGCUAAGGCAAGCAAAUGACCAGUUAGAGAAGACAAUGAAAGAUAAACAGGAACUAGAAGACUUCAUAAAGCAGAGCACUGAGGAUUCAAGUCAUCAGAUCUCUGCCCUUGUUCUAAGAGCCCAGGCAUCUGAGAUUUUACUUGAAGAGUUACAACAGGGCUUUUCCCAAGCAAAGAGGGAUGUUCAGGAACAGAUGGCAGUGCUGAUGCAGUCACGGGAACAGGUUUCAGAAGAGCUGAUGAGGUUACAAAAAGAUAAUGACAGUCUUCAGGGAAAGCAUAGCUUGCAUGUGUCAUUACAGCAAGCAGAAGACUUCAUUCUCCCAGACGCUAUAGAGGAACUCCGAGAGUUGGUGUUAAAAUACCGUGAGAAUAUCAUUAAUGUGCGGACAGCAGCAGACCACAUGGAAGAAAAACUGAAGGCGGAAAUACUUUUCCUAAAAGAACAGAUUCAGGCGGAACAGUGUUUAAAAGAGAACCUUGAAGAAACUCUGCAAUUAGAAAUAGAAAACUGCAAGGAAGAAAUAGCUUCCAUUUCUAGCUUAAAAGCUGAAUUAGAAAGAAUAAAAGUAGAAAAAGGACAGUUGGAGUCCACAUUGAGAGAGAAGUCUCAACAGCUUGAGAGCCUUCAGGAAAUGAAAAUCACUUUGGAAGAACAAUUAAAAAAAGAAACUACUGCUAAGGUCACUAUUGAACAACUAAUGUUUGAAGAGAAGAACAAAGCUCAGAGGUUGCAGACAGAACUAGAUGUCAGUGAACAAGUCCAGAGAGAUUUUGUAAAGCUUUCUCAGACCCUUCAGGUGCAAUUAGAACGGAUCCGGCAAGCAGACUCCCUGGAGAGAGUCCGGGCAAUUCUGAAUGACACCAAACUGACAGACAUUAACCAGCUCCCUGAGACAUGACACUGUCAUAGCAGGACUCUAGCCUGCACUUUCGGUUUUUAACUCAUCUUUAGAGCAACAUUAAUUAUUUAACUCUUAACUAAAGAAGUCACAAAAAAAGGAAGACUGGAGAAAUGUUUGUUUCUAGUGGAAGAAGACUGCAGCAUGGGAACAGCAAACAGGCUAAUUUGCAGCAAAAAGACCUUUAAAAUGGGAACACGAACAAGACUCCAAACUUGAUUCCAGCGGGUGUGGAACAGAUUUGGUGAUGGAGAAAGUGCUGUUUCCUUGCCUGUUUAUCCAUUUCCCUGCCCUAAAGCACCAUCCCAGUAGUGUUUGGAAUUACAUUUCCUGUUUAUACAUAUUGGAAGAAGUAAUUUUUUCUGUUAUCUAGAGUACAUCAGUAACAGUAUUCAGCUAGCAAGACGUGUAGUAUGCUGUAUGAAUAUUUUAUAUUAAAAUAUGAAGUUUGAGAGCAGGCCAUUGGCUAGUGACUGUAUUUCCUAGCUCAGUGUUUUCUUUUUAACUAUUUUAAUUGCUUUGAAGGACCUUAAAUGCUACUGAAACUUGCCUGAGAACCAUUAAGAUGUGGCAAACAAAACCAAUUCAAGAACUGAAUUAUGAGGAUUUGAAAACUUGGUUGGGGCUAUAUGUAUUGGAAAUUGAAGUUAAAGGAAAAGCACAAGAAACUGGAAGCACUUUUUCUGUUACCUGGAUGAAUUUCAUGGGCCCACAGGUACCAGGGUUAAGCUGAAUUGGUACCAGCUACUCUUUUGAAAACUUUUUGUUAUUGGAUCUGUGGGAAAUAUGACAAACCAAGCUAUGUCCGACAACAUCUAUAAAUUUAUAAACAUGCUGCUUAUUUUCAAUUCAGAUCAAUGGGCCUGAGUACUGUUUCUAAAGUGUCAAAUAUGAAAAUGGCGAUAACUGUGUGUGACAGAUACCUAUUUUGUAUUUUUCUUUUAUAAUUUAGGCCUGGAGUGUGAUGUGCUUAUGAAGUUGGGGAAAACCUGUUUGGUACAUUAUCAGUUUGGAAAUGUGUUUUGUUAUCUCUAUGAGGUUAGAUUCCUUUCCUGUGUGGAGAAAGCAUCAGUGAACAGGCUGCUUUGGCCACAGCCUACAUGCAGGAAGCACGAAGGGUUCCAGCUGGCUGUUCUCCCACUGCUGUGAGCCAGUGGGAGCCUACAUUGUUUAAUUCAUGAUACAGAUAAUUCAAAAAUGAAGUUGUCUUCAAAUAAUUUUUGUGAUUGGUAUUAUGUAACAGCAGUGUACUUGAAGGAACCUUAUGGUAAUUAAGUGGAUUAAGUAGAUUGUCUUGUUGAAAGCCACCAUCAGCUAUAGUUCAUAGUGAAUGGUCUUUGUUAUUAAUGAAUUGAUUAUGUACUAGCCCUAAAGAUCUUUGAUCCUGUCUUCCAUGGGACAAGGACUACAUACCUCAUUCCUUGGGUUGUUGUUGUAGUCUUGAAUUCGUGAUUAAUGAAUUUAAAAGUAAAUAGGAAUUACAGAAACAGCACUAUAGGCCUGGCAUGCAUGAAACAUUAUUUUAAUUGGUUUAAAGUCCCUUCAUAUAAAGUGCUACUUGGUUUAGAUAAAGGAAACAUACAUCCUCAUGGAGUUACAGGGAACUUUAAUAACUCCCAAAUAUGUUUAAAUUAUGUAAGACGAAUCCCUUGGAUAAGCCCUGAGUUAAUUUGUCUCAGAAUAUUAAAACUGGCAGUAUAGCCAGUUUUAAUCUUCCUGAACUGAACUGUACCUCCUAGGGAACUGCUCUGCUGAGACACUGCAGGUAUUUGCCUUUGUAAGGUGGAGUUGGGCCAAUAAAAUCAUGAUCGGGGAACCAUUUGGUGGUCUCCACCAUGGCAGAUGCAAACCGUUGGAAGCCACUUUGUUGAGAAAAAUAUCCUGGAAGAACCCAAACUAUGACUAGAUUUUGUUAAUAAUCUGUUUUUGGUAUGAAACAAACAUUGUGCCACCAUCCUGGUAAGAAACACUUUAAACGGGGUUUUCUGUAUAUGGGAAACUGAUUUAGAAGGUGGGAUUUAAGUCUGUCUGGACAAAGGAAAAGAUCAGUUCGGUUUCAUAAGUGUUCCUAUGCUUGUACUCAGUCUGUACAUGUUUUUCUCAUGCAUGUCUAACUUGAUUUACUUCCUACCUAAAACCUACCUUACCAUGUGGCUUUUAACUGGCAGCCACUUGGCCAUUUCUAGGCAGACACAGUAUUACCUUUCAGAACCCACAUGGGCAGGUUUAAAAAGGUCACCUAAAAUAAAGGUAACUGAGAGCAAAACCAUAUACUGCAUAGGAAAUUGUUUUUCUCCCUUUGAGGGCCUACACUUGUACCUCAUCCUCACUCAGUAACAUGUGUCCCAGGGGUGCACUGCACAGCCAGACUCAGCUCUGAAAGGUAAUGCUGCCUGUGGAAGUGAGCCAACAGUGGCCUUGCAGUGUGGAUGUUGGACUCCGCUCUAAGCAGAUUUCAGAUGUAACCGUUUAACUGUACUGAAGGAGAAAGUGUUCACAUUAAAAAAGCUGCUGCCUAGUAUAUGGUGUGGCCUUUUCCUUUGAAUUCUAAGGUCCUGUCCCUCUACAGAGUCAUAUUUCUGGUGCUGGUACUUUAACAUGCACCUCUUAAUUGUGAUUUUGUUCAACUAUGGCGAAUACUCAGGUUCAUGGAAAGUCUCAGGCUUUAUUUUUUUAAUCCUAGGCCCUUGCUGAAAAUAAUCAUUGACUUGAGCUUACUACAUAUAAAGCACAUUCCAAUGUUUAAAUAAAAGCAUUUAUUCAAUAAUUAUAAAAAAGUAUAAAAAAUGAUGAACCACCACAUCAAAGCUCAUCCAAGUGCCUCUUUAUAAAUUAGACUAUGCUACCUGUUUGUUUUACAAAUAUGAGCUCAAGCCUUCAUUUGUGUUAACUUCAGGUAUGAAUCUGUUCCUGGUGUCAGAAGUUUACAUGAUUUCGGAUAUCAUUAAUUUGCUUCACCAUUUCUCUUAUGUGUUCACCCCUGUAAAAUAAUAAAGUCAGUCACUAUUGGGAACACAACAAAUGAGUAAGUCAUUAAUACUGUUAAGAACUGAAACUAGUUAAUAAUGUUGACAUUAGAAGUGCUUUGCUAAAGCUAACUUAUGGUUUGAGACAGACAGUAAUGGUCUUUAUUACACAUUCAAGGCUAAUGGUGGCAAACAGUAUUGCAAAUGCUGGAAAUAUUUUUUAGCAUAUUCCCUUGGUCAAUGAAAUCUCUUUAUAAUAAAGUCAUCAUUUUUGGUCUACCACACUCCUCUCUGAAGCCCUCACCUAUCAUUGGCUCCUAUUCUAUGAAUUACUUGAUGUGCAAAUGCUAAGUAAUCAUAUCUGAGCAGAAUUACUUACUCUUCCUUCAGGAUGGACUGAAUGCACUUGCGCUGGUAGGCACUGAGAGUGAUGGUGGGUUUUUGAGGACUCAGUACCUUUUCCAUCUUCCGCUGCUGAUAGUCUUUUUUCAUAGUAACCUAAAGUAUCAAACAGAACAUAGAUAACAUAUUUAGCUAUGGUUCGCUACAUGUUUUUACUGUAUCAUUUUACAUUAUAAAGUUUUCUGUAGAACAAACACAAGUACAAAUUUUAGCCACCUGCAUUCACUCCCACCUGUUUGAUGGCAUUGCCCAAAUGUCGAAGUUGAUCAGGUAUCAGCUGUAACUCCUUCUUCAUGUCUCUCUCACUGUCAGAGAGGACUGGCAGCUGAGCAUGGAAACUGUGAAGUACUUUUUUCAUCCUUUACAAAAGGCAAAACAACAUCUUGGCUUAAGAUCUCUGCUACCCAGGGAACCAGUUACAACUAAAGCUCUAAUUCAUGGUGUGUAAACCACCACCACACUGUCUUCCCUGACACACACCUCGGAAGAGAGGUGGGGAAUCAGGUCAGUGCUGUGGGCCUCAAAGGAUGCACCCUAGGCACAUUUUCCUUAACACUGUCAGCAGCUGAGUACUUAACAGCAUUAGUUAUACGUGAGCAGGUAACAGAAUGUUCUACAACCCGCUGACCUGUUCAUGAUGUCUUCUUGUUUUUCCUUGGCUUCCUCGUAUUUGUCAGCUAAACGCUCAGCCAUUUCCCGUAGACUUUUCCUAAUGGCAUAAAAAUGAGAAUCUUAGGGCCCACCUUGAUGGUGAAGCCAGCUAAUGUUAUCCAGUAUUUUAGGGUAAGAUACAGUUCCAGUCUUACUGAAAAAAAUUUUUUCAUCUACUUUUGGCCCUUACCUUUCCUCUCGACAAUAAUUGAGAUCUUCCAGUUGUUUCUUUUUUUGGUCACAUAGUAAUUUGACCCUUUGAAAACAAAAAAGUGAAAUUUAAUUGGAAUCCAGGUCUAGGCCAUUACACUUGGUCAGCUACCAGCUAGGAGCUGGUGGCAUGUGAGCAAAGGCCAUCCUACCUCCGCUGAAUUUCCUCCUUUGCCAGGUCCUGUUUAAGAAUGUACUGUUCUCUGAACACCUGGGUGGCUCUGCUGAUGAGCUGCAGACAUUCUUCAGGAGGAGGGGCCAUAUCUUUUUCAGAUGAUCUUUUAAAAAAAGUUUCUACCAUUACAGUCUGUAGCUUAGCAAAACAACUAAAAAUAGACUCAAGUCAUAGCUGCUUUCCCCCCCUUUUCACACUUGCCGCUUGUCAUUCUCAAGUGUCUCUAUUUUGACUAUUCACUAGCUGAUUAAAUACACCCUGGGUUUCUCCAAGCUCCAACAUAAUAAAAAGUAUAUAAAAUGAAAUCUAUAGCUGAGAACAGAAAGAAUGAGUAGUAAUUGGAAAAACAGAAGGGAACCAGUUCUUAAAACCUAUAACCCAAACCUCAUACUUCAAAAACGCUGGAUUUGCAACACUACGUUGCAAAAUGCUUCUUAUGUGCUUUUCAAAGGAAUCCGGAGUUUCUGCUAAAAUUCGGAGAGGAGACUCUGCCACUUCAACAUCUUCUUGAGUACAAAGCAGUGGAGGAGACGCUGGAUGGACUGUGCUU